UAGAGACACACUGUCUCUUUGCGCGGGAUCAGAGGGUGAGGGCAGCGGCUUCAUGGUUGCAAGUGCGCAUGUCGGGAUCUCUGGUCGGCUGCCUCGCGCCCUGGGAACACAAUCUCACGCUACAGUCUCUCCUUUGCCCGGCAGCUGGGGGAGGGAAUUGACGCUGCUGCGUAACGCCCCGGUGGCACGUGGGCGGGGAACGUAGCUGCAGCUUGCGGGGCCGGAGGCUAAGUCAGAACCUAAAUUAAUAUCAUGUGAAAGAAUCAGAAAUGUCAGACGAUAUCAAGAAGCGGCUGGAAUUUCCUAACACGCUUAUUCAGUCACAGGCGGUGGGACAUCUUAUUGCUGCAGUGCUAAAAGAAAAUGUUUUAUCCGACAAGAUCAGUCAGUCUACUAACCAGACUCCUGCUUUGAACUUGCUCUGGGAGAAGUGCUGCAGUGAGAAUGUGGUUGUGCGGACGGCCUGCUGCGAAGGCCUUGUGGCCCUUGUUGCACAGGAUUAUGCAGAGUUCAGUUAUGUUCUCAAUACUGCUCUCAACCUGAUUCCCUCUGCGAGAAAUAUACAUGGUUUGGUAAAAAUUAUUGGGAAAUUACUACAGAUGCAGGCCGUUACGGUGGGAAAAAGUGGAGAUGAAGCUGUUCGGGAUUUGUAUGCAGUCAGGUAUCCUCCUCAUCCACUGAUCACUGUUCUUGAAAACAGACCUGAUUGCUGGCCAGUUCUCUUGCAGCAGAUAACAGUAUUUUUCCAGCAAUGUCCAGAGAGGGCACAGAGUUCAUGUGUCUGUAUAAUGACCCCGUUUUUAAGAUACCUAUAUUGUGAACCGUCCCAAUUGGGGGAGAAUGCGGAACUGCGAAUGGGUCUACUUAAAAUCUUACUUCAGCCACAUGGUCCUGAGAACAAAGAGGCACCUUCUACACUAGAACACCGUACUCUUCAGCUGCUUUGUGACUUGAUUCCACAUUUUCAGAUAAAGGACUUGCCACAAAUAACGGAAGCAUUGUUCUUUCUAGAAGAAUUAUUCCACAGUCUGCUUCGGUACCCUGUUUUUUGGAAAGUCCAGUUAUCCCAGCUUUGUCUGCAGAUUCUGUGUUUCUGUGAGAUUUGUCUGAAUGUGACAGGGGAAUGUUCAUCUACAAUUUGCUUAAUAGAGCAAAAUGUUGAGCUCUUGCAAGAGGACUUUCCAGUUGAACAGGCCAUAAUUGGAUUAGGUUUACUUCUGCUACAAUCUCCAGCAUGUCAGCAGAAACCCAUCUUAAAUCUAGCUUGCAAGCUCCUUUCCUGUACAGAAACUCAGAAAAUUCCAGCCACAGCCAUCAUCUUGGUGAUGCCUGUGUUGCAGAUCUUAUCUUCAACAGCAGUUGAGGACUGCAUAUCAGAGGAAGAUUCUGGCCCCACUAGGCAACAGCUGGCUAUAAAUCUUUUGGAAAUGGUACAGCAGGAGGGCAUAAAGGAUAAAAAGAAAUUGUCAUCCUGCAAGGUCAUCUUUCCUAUAACCACUACGUAUAAUUUAUUGUAUACAACCUGGAGGAUCCUAGAACACAUGAAAGAGAAGUCUGCGGUAUCUACCUGGUUGUCUUCCAUUAAAUCACUGCUACCUAUUAUGAAUCAAGUCCCCACUCACGUUUUCCUUCUACUUGCUUACCUCCUGGUUCAAGAAAAUGGAGAGAGUCUUCGUGGAGUACUGAGUGCUGCUGUGGACAUAGCCAAGGCAGAUUCCUCUCAGGUCCCAAAUCUAAUCCCAGUUCUGAUGUUUAAGUUGGGAAGGCCACUGGAGCCUUUUUUGUACCGGGAUAUUUUAUAUACUUUGCCUUCUCUGGGUGUACACAAGGUCUGCAUCACUCAGAUUCUACGUGUGAUACAGGUGCUGGGGAGCACGCCAAAGCUUAGACCUAUUACUUUACGCCUGAUGACAUCCUUAUGGGAGAAACAGGAUCGGGUUUACCCAGAACUGCAGAGGUUCAUGGCAAUGUCCGAUAUGCCCUCUUUGUCCAUUGGGAAGGAUACUCUGUGGGAAAAGGUGAUAGCUAAAGCUGCUUCCAUCAGAGAUAUAUGCAGGCAGAGGCCAUAUCAACAUGGAGCUGAUAUGUUGGCUGCAAUUUCCCAGAUAUUGAAUGAAUGCACAAAACCUGAUCAAGCCACACCUUCUGCUUUAGUGUUACAAGGUCUUCAUGCACUUUGCCAAGCUGAGGUAGUUUGUAUUCGCUCUACGUGGAAUGCACUCUCACCAAAAUUGAGCUGUGACACCCGUCCACUCAUUUUAAAAACACUGAAUGAAUUGUUCGCCCUGGUUCCUUCAUUAAAAGUGAAUACAAAUGAGUAUGAGAAAUUUAAAGCUCAAGUUGUCAGCUCACUUUGGAGCCACACUCAGAGCAAGGAUUCCAUUGUAGCAAUUUCAGCAUAUAAAUCUCUGUCAGAAUUUGGUUCAGAAGAACACACCAUCCUUCAUCUUCCCGAACAGGCAAGACCAGAUGUUGGUCCAUCAGAAGAGAUGGACAUAAAUGAAGAGGAGGAGAAGGAGGUGGACCUUUCUGUUCCUGGCUCUUCAUAUAUCAAACUGUUGUCUCUAACUCUUCCUUCUGUUUUGCCAGCAUUUGAAGAGUUUGUGGCGUCACUUGUGAAACAGGAAAUGGCCAACAUGCCCCGUGGAGUGUAUCAUUCUGCACUGAGAGGAGGGGCCACACGCUCGGAUCAGGGAAAGACUGUAGCAGGAGUUGCCAACUUCAUGCUGAAAAUGUAUGAGAGGAACAAGCAGCCAGGCCUGAAGCCUGGCCUUGCAGGUGGCAUGUUGUUAUGUUAUGACCUUCCAAUCCACAUGGGCAAAGAUGGCAAACCUAUCAGCCGUUUUCUGGCUAGCAGAGGGCGCAAUUUCCAACAGAUGUUAAUAGCUCUCAUUCAUGAGGUUAGCAUCCAGCCUUCUGAAUGGCACCGCUCUCUCCUUCUUCCUCAGUGCUGGCUGGGAUUUAUGAGUAGAACGUACCAUGCAGUUUUACAGGGGAGACGGGCAGAGCUGGAGAUGCAGUUAAAACAUGGAAAAGAGGAUCCUGAAGAGGUGCAGUACAAACAAUUUACAGCCUGGCUCUGGGUCAGAGACAUGCUGACUGAUGUUAUCAAGGGUGCUUCAAAGGACAGCCCAGUGGUGAAAGGAAACUCUAUCUUAGCUUUAACUGGCCUUGCAGUUGCUGUGGCAAAAUAUGAAAAUAGCCUUUCUUCAGACACUGAAGUAGGACCAGAGACUGAACCUGAUUUUCUUCCCACAAAACACUGGAUUUCUAUGGUGAUAGAAACACUCCUUAGUAUUGUGAACAGUCGCUAUCGUGCUAAAGGUCAAGUUUUCCCAUGGUUCUACCAGAAAUCCUAUUCUGGUGAAAACACAGCCAGCGCUAUUGCUCGCUCCUGUGCAGCCACUGCUUUGUCUGUCUUGGUUCCAGUUUUCAUUGUAUCCUGCAAGGAGAAGGUUGAGGAAGUCCUGAGUGUACUGACUGCCAGGUUACCUGGGAAACCAAAUGCUGAUGAGUCUCAAGCUGUUCAAAUCCACAUAGGCCUUGCUUUGGGGAUGUUUAUCUCACGUUUGUGUGAAGAAAAAGUCAGUGAUGUAUCUGGCCAACAAAUGAAUUUACUUCUAAUGAAGUCCCUUGAUGCAUUGGAAGAUUGCUGCUUUGACACCAGUCUGGAGUACAACACUGGAUGCAUCUUAGGUGUAGGACUUGUUCUUUCAUUUAUGAGUCACAGCAGCCAAACGGAAUCACGGGUUCAUGUCUCUGCCUCUCUGAGGAAACUCUGUAACUACCUGGAUGACAGUGAAGAGCAAAGCAGAACGUUCCAGGAGAUCCUUGCCUACUCCAUUGCCUGUUCCUGCGUGUCUGCUUUCAGCAUGAAAAUCAUAGAGGCAGUGGAGGCUGAAGAGAUCAUGAACAAGUUGCGGACAUUAGCGGAAAAUAAUCAGCAGACAUCCGGUUUUGCUUUGGCAUUGGGUAGCAUAGUUCAUGGUUUGUCAGUCUGUGGACAUGGGAAAGCAGAAGAUUUGAGUAACAGACUGCUUCCUGCCUGGAUGAAAAUUGUGCUUGCAGAGGGGUCUCCCACAAUGCAGCGUCUGGCUGCUGUCAAUGGGCUGGUCGCAUUGGUGGGUUCUGAAGCAUCCAUGAUACAGCUGAAAUCUGAGGCUAUCCAGUCCUCCCAGUUUCAAAAUAAACUUAAUGAAAUCAUCAGAACCCUGACUCAGAUAGUCAGUUUUUCUGGGGUGAUUGGUCUUCAGACAAAUGCAGCUUGGCUUUUAGGACACCUUCAUCAAUCCAGUUUAUCCUCAACCCAGAACAGAACGUCCGUUCCUCCAGACUUCAGCUACUUGCCUGAAAACAGCUUUAUCAGGGCAGCUAUUGACUUUGCCAUUGAAGGAGGAAAGAAAGGCCCUGAAUCCAUUCCCCCUCACUUGGUGAAAGUAGCUUUGGCACCUGUAGCUUUAGUUGGAGAAAGCUACCAGUAUCCACCUGUCAACUGGGCUUCAGUUCUUUCUCCUUUGAUGAGACUAAACUUUGGUGAAGAGAUUCAGCAACUGUGUAUUGAACUUGCGGUGACCCAGGCUCAGUCAUCUCAGAACGCUGCAAUGCUCUUGGGGAUGUGGGUAGUACCACCUCUAGUCUACAGUCUUAGCAUGAAAACCAGGAAAUAUCUUUUUACUACUUUGCCCCUAUGGAUGAAACACGUGGCAGAAAACAAACUACAGACUUUUACUGAAGUGUUUUUAGUACAGCAUUUUGAAACAAAGAAGUACCCAAAAAAUCCUGAGCUUUGCCAGAGCAUCUUACAGGGACUCAGCCAGGCUAUGAAACUUCCAAGCCCUGCCCAAUACUGCUGGAGCCUUCUGUCCCAGGCUGCAGAGAAAAUAUUUGAGCUUUUGCCAGAAGAGAUUCAGAGAAGUGAAGUGGAGAUGUAUAUUGAGGUAGCAAAAUGCCUCUCAGAAAUGGCCGAUGCAGAGGUUGACCGGAUUGCCCAGUUCUCCAAGAACAAUAUAGAAAAGACCACUUUCAUCAAAGUGUAUUUAGUUUCUCAAGGCCGACUGUGUUUGUUGAGCUUGAAUGAUGUGAUUGGUGUUGCGGUAAAAUGUCAGCAGAAAGAAACUCUGGCAUGGAUGUUGUUUCAUAGUUUCUAUCAUGCCCGAAUUGUAAGCCAUGAAAAUACAGGAGUAUUGAAAAGAAUGGACUGGCUGUUAGAACUGAUGAGCUAUAUCAGAAAUGUUGCUUACAAGUCAAUAUCUAUACAAAAUGUGGAUUUUAAAGAGGCUGUAGACUUCCUGUUGUGGAUAUUUGCAGCUUCUGUGGUUGCCUGGGCUGACCAUGCUACACCACUACUGCUUGGCCUCAGUGCCAGCUGGUCGUCAUGGAAACACAAAGAAAUAUUGCCAGAAUUGUCUGCAGAUGAUUUUGGCGAGCAUCCAAUUGAAAAGCUCUCUGUGCAGGAGACUCUUACUCUCCUUCCAAACAGUGUGCAGGUUUUGCUGGCUAAAGAGCCUUGGAAAGAACAAACACAAAAGUUUAUUGACUGGCUGUUUAAUAUAAUGGAGAGCCCUAAAGAAGUACUAUCUGAAUCCUCCAGAGACUUGUUGAAAGCUACACUUCUGGCCUUGAGGUUUCUACCAGAGUUCAAGAAGAAAGCAGUAUGGACUAAGGCUUAUGGUUGGUAGCCACAAGACAGCAGCAUCAUCAUAUUUGAUAAAGAGACAGGCCUUAAUACUGAGAGAAAAGUGAACAGAAGAAAUGUUCAGUCAUCAAUAAGUGUCAUUCCAGAGAAACUUUAUACUAUGGAGUAUUAUGGGUUUUUCUUCCCAGGGAUUCAGAGAGUAGAAGUCAUUUGGUUUGACUGGUCAGUAGGCCAGCUCCCAUUGUGAGCUGUCUUGCCCUGGUAUGAGGACAAGCUUUGGGCUACAUUUUGAAUGUGGGAUAAAAAUUUGAAUUUCAGAGAUAUUUAAAUAGUGUAGUGAAAGCUGCAGACAGCAGAAAGCUUUCCUUCUGUAAUAGGUGGAAGCUUUAUAUGAAUAGGUGGGAAAAUUAAAAACAAAUCUUGCAAAAUUGUUGUUUGACAUAGUGUAUUUAUUAGAAGACAUUUCUUUAUUCUGGCUUUUUAAUUAGCUUUAAUUUCAACUGACAAGAUUUCUGUUAACAUUAUGAUUCCGCCAUAUUAUAGCAUUCAUCAUCCAUUGUUAUUAUAUCAUGAACAACACUGUUUUUGUGAUAGCAUAGCUGCUAACCUUGUAACAAUUUUACCAGGGAAACUUAUCCAGGUAAGUGUGGAAUCUGGGUGUUGCUAGCUACAUUUUGAUGAAUUUCAGGUUAAUUUAAACAUGAAUAUUCCAAUUCAGAGCCUCAGAAAAUUGGGAUCUUGAUAAUUUUUCAGAAGCUUGGAUACUUUUCAAAACCUAAGACAAUCCAUCUCCCUUACAUACCAGAAUGUUCCAUCUCCUCGAAUCUCCCACUCCAAUAACACCCUUCCCCUGCCUACAUAGAUGCCUUCAACUUUCAGCGGGGGGGGGAGGACAGCAGGUAUUUUCUACCUUUGCCGUUUUAAAAGGAAGAUGGCAGGUCUGUUCUCUCCUUAGCAUCUUAGUGUCUCUGAGAGGACACAGGACUUCUCCUCUCUUUCCUUCUCUUCUUCCCAGCAAGAAUAUGGAGCUACUCUUAUUGGGGAGCCCAUUUUCUAACCUCCCUCUAAGUGCCUUCAUUUCUCCUGCUAUUGAAAUCUUAUUUCCCUCUUCCCUUUUUCUAAUGUUACCCUCCUGGCUCUGUGCCUUCCCAUUUAUAAGUCCCCUUUCUGAAUCUUAUUUUGGCCAGGUCCCUCUUCUUACCUUUAACCCAUAUGCCUCACAAUUUAGCUGCCUAUGUCUUCAACUUAAAUAAAGAAAAAUAUACCCCAAUGGAAGGGUCCACACAAGAUGGAGCUUAAAGAGAAGCUUUAAUUGGUACUUAGAUUCUUGAAGAAGCCCCUCUGCAUUGGGGUAAAUGUCACCAGUAAUUGACUGAGUAACUUAUCCCAUACUGGUCCUAGUGUCUACUGCAGUGACCUUAAUCUGAGCAGUGUGUAAUUUAGCUAUCCUAUAUAUGAUGGUUUUCUCAGUUAAGUAUUCAUCUUCAUAAUAUGCCUCACUAGUAUAUUUAUUCUCUUACUACUAUCCUAGUUUAGUAUUCUUAACAGCUAAAGUGAAUGAAUAAAUCUUCUAUGUCUGCUAUUUGCCUCUUUUAACCAAGACCCUUUAAGCAGUGAGAAUCUGGUAUGGUACUUGUGUAUGCUUUAUAUUGCAGUAGACAUAUGCAUUCUCAAGACGUGUGUUUUCAUUUUGGCUGUGUCUAUACUAUGACCUAGGAGUGUGAUUCCCAGCUCAAGUACACAUUAGGUCUCAUUGAGCUAGUGAGAGUAUAAAUAGUAGUGUAGCUAUGGCAGCACAAGCAAUGGUGCCAUAGCUCCGCUACUCUGUGUACAUGUACCUGUGGGUUUCAAGUGGCUAAGCUAUGCUGUUGUUCUCAUUCUUAUUGAUGAGAGCUAGUGCAAGUACAUGUAGAUGAGCUGGAAAUCACACUCCUAGGGCACAGUGUAGCUGUAGCCUUUGUAUUAACAUGCCAGUAGUGAUUCUUAAGAACCAUCUAGACCAGUGGUUCUCAUCCUGUUUACAAUUGUGUGCUGCAUAUAUAGCUCUCUGCGUUAUGUAGGCUGCAUCCGCCCACUACACACACUCUACGUAUAUGGCCCGGAGGAUGUCACAUGGGGCACAGUUGUGUGCUGACAGGGUUACAAGCAGGCCAUGGCUUGAGCACCACUGAUCUAAAUCAUGAGUGCAUGAUUCCUCAAAUCAGUUUGUUAAUUCUUUGAGUAGUUUGAGAUUAACUGAACACACUUUUUUGCAGCUGCAAACAUAGUAUCUGAGUUUUGAACACCUGGCCUACAUCAUCUUUCACCCUGCUAGUGCAGAAUCAGUGUUGACUGAUAUAUACCCUGUAAAAAUGAAAACCAUUUACAUGGUCCAGGUGCCCAUGUGCAGAUAAAUCAGGUUUGGUAGUAACUUCCAUCUUUUCAACCAAAGAUUUUUUUAAAAGAGGUUUGCUAUAAUUCAAAAUUAAAAAAAAUAAAUGCAAAUUAAAAAUAAUGUUCACUAAGUAAAUAUGAAUUUAUCAUAUUGAAAUACAUUAUUAGUGAAGGGAUUUUACACAUAAGUAUGGUUCAAUGUAAAAACAGUGAAUUAAAUGGUAAAGCUAAUUGCCAACACCAGCAGCUACAAUAGGUCUGUGAAUCAGUAACUUUUUACACCUACAAACUUCAGCAAACAAUUUCAUUUUUGAAUGCCUAAAGUUGGUUUAAGUUCAGAUUUAGGCCCCUAUAUAAGAAUGAAGCCAGUCAAUACCUACAACUCCCUCUCUUCAUUUGGUGGAGUGUGUGCCAAGUUCAGCUGAAAAAUAAGCCUGUUAGGGUGCUGAAACAGACUUUUAAAGCAUCUUACUUUAGGAACCUGAGUUUGAAAAUUUUGACCAAACUAUACCAUGUAAAAAGAAUGGAAAAUACCAGCAUUUUUCAACAACUGUUAGGGAUCAGCCAUCAUUUUACUCUCUCAGGAUAUGCUUUAUAAAGGAGAUUCUGGGCUGUGCUAAGUUCAUUUUGACCCACCUUUUCAGCCCUUGUGAAACUGGACUGCUUCAGAGGCUGAAGUGGCCUCAGGUGGGCUGUCUACAUUACAGCAGCAUGUCCCCAGCUAGCUGUGCUGUCUGGACUCUCUGCUGGGUAACAUGCUGCAGCCCUGCCUCUGAUACUCCCUUCCCACACCAGGCACAGCUGCUACCCAGGAUUCUUAAGAGGGUCCUCUGUCUUCCUCAGAUCUUGCACUGAGAGAAUUCUCCCCUGCUCAGAUCCCAUAAAUCCAUCCUUCAACAGACAGCAUGAUCAUUGUUAAAAACAUUGUUUGCUUUGGUAACUAAACAUUACAACAAUAUUCACUCUAUUUCUUAAAUACAAGCAACACUAUAUUUACCUCUUUUCUAAAGCACUUUGAGAUCUACUGACCAAAAGUGCUGUAUGUUAGCAACAUACACAAUACCUAGAUGCCAAAGCAAAGUGUUUAAUGGUACUCAGUCUAGUGUACUGUUCCCAGGUAAUGUACAAAUAUACUUGUCUAAGGCUAUGUCUACAGUAUGAGCUAGGAGUGUGAUUCUUUUGAUCAUGCACAUGUACUCAAGCUAGUUCAAGCAUAAAUAGCAGUGUAGCCAUGGUAGCACAGGUAGGGGCAGUUCAGAUUCAGCUGAGCUGCCUGACUGUGGCUCUGGACUUGUCCUAGAGCCACUAAAUCAUCAAUUUGAAAUGCUCUUCACUCAUUGGUUAUUCAAAUGUUGUCUUAAGACAAAAGCUUACUUAAGUUUUACUUUUUCAGAGGCUUAAAUAGGAAAGUUUUCAUGACCAGAAGUGUUUAUUUCACUCUUUAAUCCACUUCAUUUUUCAAGCCUAAAGGGUGGUGGGAAAUACUACCAAUGCAGAACAAGUCAGCCUAUGGCUAUUUCUGAGCAACUUGUGCGGUCAGAAAAGUAGUUUAUCCUCCAGGAAAACCUAUCCUAUUUUCUUGCUUCUUCUCAUGUAAGUAGUUCCCCACCUCAUAGGAUCAAAUCCUAAUUACUUUUGUUGCACAAAUAACCUCACUGACAUCAAUGGGACAAUUCUCAUGUGUGAAACAAUUUGGAUUUGGCCCACAGUUUAUAUAAUCCAUUAUCUUAUUUUUAAAGGCAGAGUAUUUCUUGGACUGACUAUAUCACACUUUGAUGAGUUAAGUAAGAGUGAGUGUGUCUGUCCGUCUUGUUUCUUCAGUUCCAAAAUAAUCUGGAUUAUUAAGAAAAACAGAUUCUUCAAUAGUGUCUACUGGAAAUAUAUCAGAAUCGUAACUUCUACUUCUGCAUGUUAAAUGCCCUCUAGGACUUGUAGUGAAUAGACACUGUAACUGCAUUUGUCACUUAAAGUAAAUGUAAGAAUGUGGGGGCGAGUGGAGGAGGAUGGGUUUUCUGUGAACAGUUGUACCUGUUGGUAUUUGUGUGAAUGUGGCAAAAUGCAGAACAACCAGCUUCUGCUUCAUAAUUUGUUGCAGUUCCAGCAAAUUUGAUAUUCAUACAUCUGAUUUACAUUGUAUUAUCAUCUCACCUGUUAGACUAACAAAAUACCAUUGACAUUUUACUUUGAUAUAAAAUGCAGAAUACAUGCUACAGCUGCAAUAGGAAACCAUUAUUAAAAUAUAGGAAAUGCUGAUAUGAUUUGACAUUUUUUGCCACAGUUUGUAACCUGUCAUUUUAUGUUAGAAAAAGAUAGAGUAACUUCUGAGGCCAAGACUUUAAAAAGCGACAGGAGAUUUGAGGCGCUUAUGUUUGAGUGCCCAAUAUGAUAUGCUUUAAAGGGCCUCAUUUUCAGAAAGUGUGGAGCACCUGCCCUCAUAAAUUGGGAACCUCUAAGGUGCUCCAAGUUGAGCACAUAAGAUCACUAAUCACUUCUGAAAAUCCAGUCUAAAUUUCCACACAAUGUGCUAGCAUAGAUUGUUCUAGAGAAUUUUCCUCAUUAUGAGACAAGAUAUCAACUUAGCUCCUUUUCUCUUUCAUGUAGCUGGCUCCUAGGUGAGCUUUCCUUUCUGAGCAGAGGUAUCUGGUGAUGAAGUACAUACCUAAAUUGAAACAUAAAAUGUAAGUGCAGAGAAGCAGACUCCAAAAGGGCCAGCAUUCACCUAGAAAGAACAGGUGGAUCUAGACCUGCACCUGAAAACUCUAAUGGGAUGAGUCCAAUCGACCCUAAUGGUCCUGUGGGUGGUCUCAUUAAACCCACAGGAGUAAGGCUUUUCAGACAGGUUCUGUAUUCUUGUAGCUAACCCCGCUAUAUUUUUUAGUGAGAUAUGAGAUAUGUCCGAACCAGGCAAGCUCUCUGUGCAGCCAGCAUCACUGGGGCCUUUGUGACAGCCCUUUGCGCAGCUGUGACGCAACACAGAUGAUGCACAUUGUCGAUGAAUGCCUGUUAACUAGGUUCAGCAGUGGCCUAGAACUGCAUCAUGCCACUGAAGAUGCCAUCGCUUGGCUAGAUGACUAUGCACACCCUAAAUUAUGAGACCUCAGUAAGUAAAUCUAGCCAAUGCAGGUCCUGAAACAUUUUCCUGGAACCCUUAAAGCACACCUGCUAUAUAUAGGGUAAUUAUAAUACUGCAGUUAUUGUGAUUACAUUGAUGCAUAUGUACACAGAUAUUUUUCCAGAUUAGCAGGUCCACCCUACAGCCACUGUCAUGACUAGUGUUCUCAUUUUACUGAUUGAGGAUUGAA